AUGGAAUUCUCGCGUCGUCCGUGGCAAACCGCGAUACCACAUCACCGACAACAACAACGUACCCUUCGUCGAAAUAACCACGAAAAAACGAAAUUUAUAAUUUCGAUUAUUCCAUGGCCAGCUUCGCGUAACGUUGCGAGUCAAAUUAUUGUCACGAAAACAACGAAAAAGACGACGACUAUAAAAAAAAUUUUGUUCGGACGCCGCGUAAAAUAAAAACGAAUUCGGCGACGACGAAAAAUCUACGGUUUUGCCUUAACGCGAUGCCUUAUUUUUAAAAUAACGUUUAAACAUUUCAAAUACAACAAAUAAAAUGACGAAGAAAGGCUUCUUUUAGGUUAGGUGCGACGCGCAGCUUUAUUAUUAUUAUUAAAUAAUAACUUGGUAUUUAUUAAAUAAAAAACUAUAAUAAUAUAAACACUUCGAUUAUUUAAAUAAAAGAAAAACAUUAAAAUGAAGCCGGGUUCAGAUGUGCGAGUGAAGAAGAUGAUGAAGACGUGAGUUCCGGUUGUUAUUAUGCCAGUUAGGAGGGGUUUGGUGGCUCCGAGGACGACUCUGAUAGAGACAAUCAUAAGAAAAUUCGACACUGACAAUCGUUCCUUCUUGGUGGCGAAUAGCAGAGAGGGACAAUGCCACAUAAUCUACUGUUCGGACGGUUUUUGCCGGCUGACCGGCUUCUCCCGGGCGGAAGUGAUGCAGAGGCCAGCUUCGUGCGAGUUCCUCUGCGGCCCCCUGACCUCGCAACAAUCGGUCGGAGCUUUGCGAGACGCCCUCUCGGACGGCGCCGAAAAGCACGCCGAACUCCUCUAUUACCGGAAGGACGGAUCCAAGUUCCUCUGCUCGGAGGUGAUAGCCCCAAUCAGAAGCGAAGUGGAUGACAUAAGCUUGAUUAUUAUCAACUUCGAGGAUCUUACAACUGCGCCAUCUGCCUCAUUGGAAAAUAGCCCAGUAGGAAAAGCACGACUUAGUAAAUUCGAUAGAGCAAGGGCUUCUUUUAGACAAAGCCUAAGAUUCGGAACGAGUAGACGCGGAUUUAGAUUAACCGGAUACUUAACACCGCCCAGCGACGUCACAGCUGCCGAAGAAGAAGCUGAUACACUUGAACAAUGUCCGUUGACGUCGAAUUCCCCGACACCCAUUUUGGACCAGACUUGGGUGUCGAAAACGGAAGCACCGCAAGGUGCUGUCGGAGUCGCCGCUGCUGGUCAUACCACUACCACCAUUCCCUUACCGCAACCGAAGGAUUACACUUCUUUAACGAUAUCUCACAGCGCCCCGGCCAGCCAUCAAGCGUCUUUUGAAAGGGGUGAAAGUGUUGAAAGGGGUCGAACUUCUUUUAAUAAUAGGCAUGUUUCGAAUAAAGUAGCGCACGCGACCAGUUUAGACGCAAUAGCACGAAGACAACAUUUCCGAUCGGGAUUUCCCCCGAGCAUUUCAAACAAAGUGCCUCUCGCUUCCAAGCAAUUUCCGAACGUUUCCAGCGAGAGCGAUUUGAACAAGCACAAAACCGGCAUUCAUCAGCACGAAGCGCGUAAAAGUCCAAGCCUUAGUAAUCCUACAGAUUCAAUUAAACAAAAGUUUUCUCUUCAGGACAACGGUUCCGCCAAAUACUUCCAAAGCGGGUUGCACACGCCGAAAAUGGGGGAGAAAGUUGCACAGGUGCUUUCACUGGGAGCUGACGUUUUGCCCGAAUAUAAACUUCAAAAUCCUACGAUUCAUAACUGGACGAUUCUCCAUUAUUCGCCUUUCAAAGCAGCCUGGGAUUGGAUCAUUUUGAUUCUUGUUAUGUACACGGCGAUCGUAACGCCUUACGUCGCAGCCUUCUUACUCAGUGAGCCCGAUUUUAACACGAGGAAAAAUUCGAAAAAAUACACGGAGGAUCCGAUCGUUAUCAUUGAUCUUAUUGUUGAUGUGACCUUUAUAAUCGAUAUUUUGAUCAAUUUUCGGACGACUUUUGUGAGUUCUAACGAGGAGGUUGUUUCGCAUCCGGGGAAAAUAGCCGUGCAUUAUUUGAAAGGGUGGUUUUUGAUCGAUUUGGUGGCGGCGAUUCCGUUCGAUUUGUUGUUUUUUCGACAAGACACCGACGAGUUGGGCUUGGAUAAAGACGAGGCGACCACGUUAAUGGGCCUCCUGAAGACCGCUCGUUUACUGCGUUUAGUACGUGUAGCUCGAAAAAUCGAUCGUUAUUCGGAAUACGGGGCGGCCGUCCUACUCCUGUUGAUGGCUACGUUCGCGUUGAUCGCGCAUUGGUUAGCUUGCAUAUGGUAUGCAAUUGGAAACGCUGAAAGAUCUAUGUUGGACGCAAAAAUUGGAUGGUUGGAUAGCUUAGCUCACGACACCCAACAAGAAUAUACAAACGAAACGGGAAGUGGUCCGAGUAUAAAAAGUCGCUAUGUCACCGCCUUGUAUUUUACUUUUACUUCGUUAACAAGCGUCGGAUUUGGUAACGUCGCUCCAAAUACCGACACAGAGAAGAUUUUUACGAUACUCGUCAUGCUAAUCGGAUCUUUAAUGUACGCAAGCAUCUUCGGCAACGUUUCCGCAAUCAUCCAACGUUUAUAUUCAGGAACCGCCCGUUAUCACACCCAAAUGUUGCGCGUGCGCGAAUUCAUCCGAUUCCACCAAAUCCCCCAUCCACUCCGACAACGUUUAGAAGAAUACUUCCAGCACGCGUGGACCUACACGAAUGGAAUCGAUAUGAAUUCGGUUUUAAAAGGUUUCCCGGAAUGCCUCCAAGCGGAUAUUUGCCUACAUUUGAAUCGAAAUUUGCUACAAAAUUGCACGGUUUUCGACGGUGCAAGUCCCGGAUGUUUACGGGCGUUAACUUUGAAGUUUAAAACAACUCACGCGCCACCUGGUGAUACGUUAGUGCACCGCGGCGAUGUUUUAACUUCGUUGUAUUUCAUUUCAAGGGGACAAAUUGAAAUAUUAAGAGACGAUAUCGUCAUGGCGAUUUUGGGGAAAUUCGAUAUUUUCGGGGAAAACCCCUGCGUUCAUUCGACGCUUGGAAAAUCAAGCUGCAGCGUUCGAGCUUUAACGUAUUGCGAUCUUCACAAGAUUCACCGCGAUGAUCUUUUGGACGUCUUGGAUCUUUAUCCCGAGUUUUACAACAAUUUCAUGAAUAAUCUCGAGAUAACGUUUAAUUUAAGAGAUGAUGAUCAAGCGGGUGUUGUCUCAAAACACCAUUUUUAUCCGAGAUCUCAGUCGCAAGAUCGCGAUCGGGAUCGAUAUUUGAGGAGUUUUAAUGGAAGAUCGAAUAAUGGGGGGCAUUCUAGCCGGGGGAAUUCGGUUAAUGGGCGGCAGGAGUCUCAAUGUAGUGAAGAAUCGGAAUCGGGUCAUGGAAUUCUAGAAUUUUCAACGGAUAAAGCCGGACAAGACGUGACUCCGAUCAACUUGGAUUUUGAAGAGAAGAAACGAUCAACAACCUUAAACUCAAUAACCGGCAUGUUAUCCCAACUGAAACGAAGUAUCCCCGACCUAAGGUUACACAAAACGCACCAACCCCUCAUCGCCCAAUCAACUCCUCCAUCAACCCACCGCAUUCGUACAAUUCGUCGCCAAUCUUCGAUAGGAGCCUAUCAAGAUCAAUCUCAUCAACUCCACGCGCAACAGAUUCAACAACAACAACAACAACAUCCGGCCAGCAAUCAAAACUCCUCAAUUCCACUCUCCUCGAGCACCAGUUAUUACACAAACAGUCCGAGUCCCCCGAACGGCGAUCACAGUUCUUCGGGAGGCGCGAGAUCCCAAGAUCAAAGCGGCGUUUUAUUGGAGGAGCAUCAUUUGCACCAUCAUCACCAUCACAAUCAGCUGUCGCAAAAUCAAAAUCAAUCGGACGUGACGAGUGCGGCGCAAAACAAUAACGGGGAGUUAUUAACUCAAGGACAAUGCUUCAUACAUUCCAAUAGUAGCGCGAACGGCGAGGCUAUCAUGGUCGUUAGUAGGAGUCAAUUCGAGGAGAUUUCCGGGAAAUUGGAUUUGUUGACGAGGAGAGUCCAAAGUUUGGAGAGUACGUUGGCGAGCGACGUUCGAACUAUACUCGGAUUACUUCAACAGACGGAAAGAAAUGGUGAAAGAAGUGUGGGGUUGCGAGAUGCUGUUGUUAAAUCUGAACUUCCCGAGUACGAAAAUGUAACGAUUGACGCGAGCAGAACCAGAUAUACCUUCCAGAGGUCGGUUAGCGAACCGAAACCGAUUUCUUCGAAAUUAUUACAUUCCCAAGCGCUACACAGAUUCGCCUCUUUCAACAAAACGUUCGAUUUCAAUACGUCAUCGAAAGACAAAGAUCCGUGGUCCGAUAUCGUGUUCAGGGAGAAAGAGGAGCAGGAGAAAACGGCGCCGAUUGCGAAAUUAGAAUCGCUAGAUGAAUUAGAUUUGGAAUCCCCGUCGUCCAGUCCGAAAAGACCCAAAAAAUAAAACAAAAUACAAGA